GCAAAAGAUUGAAGGAUGCGACCGUCGAUAAGGAGACGCACCGCACCGCCUUUCCCGAUCAGGGCGGAAAAUUUCCCCUCCUCCCCAUCUUCCUUCUUUUCUAUUGCUGCACCGAGGUUCCGCAAACCAUGGGGUCCUUGAUCUAGCCCCCUCAGUCCUAGAUUUCCUAGAGAUCAAGAUGCCAGGUACCUUUCAUUCGGGAUUCCGAUGCGCCAGUUUUUUCGCUAUCUCUAUCCUAUCAAGGGCUUGUCGAUAAUGGAGCCUUUGAUAACUGUUGUGGGUGCCACUGGCACUGGCAAAUCCAAGCUUGCAGUGGACCUCGCCUCUCGCUUCAAUGGUGAGAUCAUCAAUGGGGAUGCGAUGCAGAUGUAUCGCGGUCUUCCCAUCAUUACGAACCAGAUUCCGGUCGAGGAGCGCAACGGCAUUCCCCAUCACCUAAUCGAUUGUAUCGGACUGGGAGAAGAGCCGUGGCGAGUGGGCUUGUUUAAGAACGAGUGCCUUCGACUGAUCCGGGACAUACAUUCGCGGGGGAAGCUUCCGAUCCUGGUGGGGGGCACCCAUUACUAUACGCAAGCAGUACUGUUGAAGGAUCAGCUCGUUGGCGAGCCCUCGGCUGAUCAGGAUGUGGAUGUGGAAGCCCCUGACGAAAUGGCGGCGCUCGCUGCCAAAUGGCCAAUCCUCGAUGCGCACCCCGAUGCGGUGUUGCAGAAACUAAGGGAGGUCGACCCGGUUAUGGCCGAUCGCUGGCAUCCAAAUGAGACUCGCAAAAUUCGUCGGUCUUUAGAAAUCUACUUCCAGACGGGAAAGCGCGCAUCGGAGGUUUAUGCCGAGCAGAAGCGCUUGAAGCAAGCCGUGUCCGAUGCUAAGUCUCGAGACGAUGCGCAACAGCUACGCUUCCCGACAAUGAUAUUUUGGGUCCAUUCAGAUAGGAAUGUGUUGAACUCUCGGCUCAACAACCGGGUGGAUGCUAUGAUGGAACAAGGUCUAAUGACGGAAGCAGAGCAGAUGUUCGAACAUCUCAGGCAGAAAAACAAGCAAGACACCACCUUUGACUCUACGCGUGGAGUAUGGAUUGCGAUUGGAUUCAAGGAGUUGGCACCUUACUUUGAAGCAUUAUAUGGCGGUCUUUCCAACGAGGCCGAACUCCAAAAACUGAAGGAUUCCUGCAUUGAGCUAAUCAAGAUUGCAACGCGUCAAUAUUCGGCAUCUCAGAUCAAGUGGAUUCGAAACAAGCUAUGGGAAACCCUAGCUGAGGCUGGGAUGGCACAUCGUCUUUUCCUGCUGGAUAGCACCGAUGUUGAAAAUUGGGAGAAGUGCAUCACCGAACCAUCCGAGCAUCUCGUUCAAUCUUUGCUCCGGGACGAGCCUACCCCGGACCCCAAGUCUUUCUCAGAAUUGGCAAGCAAAACGCUGGGUGCAAAGGAGGCACAAUUGCUGAAGGGGCCUCGACCUGAGGCGAAAUGUAUCAGAUGUGACGUUUGCAACAAGACCAUGACCGAUGAAGCGCAAUGGGAAAUCCACAUCAACGGACAGGUCCAUAGAAGAACCCUGAAACAUGCCGCAAAAAAGGCGGAGCAGCUGCGGAAAAAGCAGGACAAUCUGGAAGAGGGGGAGACAACCCCCCCACGGACAGGUGAACAAGGCUUUUUUUCAGUUAACCCAGUUGCGUCUUCUGCAUCGCACAGUUCCAUGGAAAUCCCUAAGCACCGGAGCACCAGAAAGUAGAGUCUCUGUUUUUCUCAAACGUUAUCCUCACUAUUAUACAUUCGCAGUUAUGCAAG